AUGGAGGCUCUAACUUCGUCUCUCCUCUCCACGCCGCCUCCUACGCAUCGGAAUAAGGCAUCUAACGCUAAGCUCAAUCGCUCUCCCGCAUUGCCAGGGUCCCUUCCCCACGGACCCCGUCCCGCAUUUCCACCGUCCCUCAGAUCGCCUUCGCCAAUAGCCGGCGGUCCCAAGUGCUGGUCGCGAGUACCCGCGCUUCCGCAAGGCUCCGCCGAUGACGCGCGCGCGGCAGAGCGGAGUUACGAUGAGGUGGAAGAGGCGAUUCGCCGGAUUUCCGACGAGCAGGAUCAGCUGAGGGCCCGCGUGGUAGAAGCGUCGGAAGCGGCGUGCAAUGCGGACGUCGAUGUAGUCCGGCCGGUGCUGGGAUAUGCGUCUUCGCAACCGCCGCAGGCGGAGGCGCCGUCCGCGAUGGACGUGCGAUCAGCGGACGCGAGCUGGAGCUCCUUCCCACGACCAGAACCCAAUUCUACCUCGUCCGCAUCCCGGCGGGGUCGAGGCCGGGUGCGCGCACCUCCUUCCGCCAGUCAGGUCCCCCGCCUCCUCGGCGCGCCCACUGCGCCGUCCGCGGCAGCGAGACCGGGUCCCGCGCCAGCUCAAGGCGCGGCGCCGUCUCUUUCCGCAACGCUGCUGUCGCUGUCGCGGCUGUCGCGCGCGGAGACGAGCGGCACGAAGCGCAUGGUAGCCAUGGUUGCCGCGUGGGACGCCAUCGCCUCGCGCCUCCCGCCCUCGCGCUCCCCGCCCUCCGCCGACGGCGGAGCGGGAGCAGCAGGAAGCGCAGCGGGAGGAGGCGGCGUGCAGACGGUCCUGGCGGCGCUGCGGCUCGCGCUGAUGGCGCAGCAGCAGCAGGAAGAGCGGGGAAGGGGCUUGGGCGGGCAGGUGUGGCGGCGCGAGUCGGUACGGGUGGCGAAUGAGCAGAGCGGGUCAGGGGGGGACGGCAGAGACGCGUUCACACGAGGCGUGGCUGUUGCUGCCAUACUCGCUGACCUGCGAGUGACGUCCCGUAUUGAUCUCUCAGUGCCCCACGUCGCCUCGCGCACGCACUCGCGUUCGCCUGCCACUUGGCCUCCCCUUCAAAAGAGCCUGAUGUCUCUCCUCUCUGCUGCUCGCAUCCGCACUCCCCUCGCUUCUCCCCAUUCCCUUCCCCGUUCCCGCUCUUCCCAUUCUUCCCGCCACUCUUCCCCCACCCUCUCUCCUCCCCCUCCCCCAUGCCCUCCCCCCACUUCUCUCCCCCUUUUCCCUUCCCCAUCGCCUUUCCCCUACCAGAUGGAGCCGGAUGUGAUAGCAGCGGGGUUGCUGUCGGACGCAGUGCAGCGCGGCCACAUCACCCUGCCGCUCGUGCACGCGCACGUGUCCCCCGCCGUCGCGCGCGUGCUGCACGACUGCGCGCGCCUGCAUCGCCUGCCCAAGCGCGUGCGCGCGCUGGACGACGACACCGCCGCCGCCGCGCGCCAGUUCGCGCUCGCCUUCCACGAUCCGCGCGCCGUCGUGCUGCAGAUCGCCGCGAAGCUCGACGCCAUGCAGCACCUCUCCGCGCCGCUUGCGCCGCCCUCCCCGCCCCUCUCCCCCUCCGCCUCGACCUCCCCCGCGCCGUCCCCCGCUCCCCCCCCCAAGGCGACCCCUCGUCAGCAGACGGAGGCUCUAGAGGCGAUCCAGGUGUGGGCCCCACUCGCGCACACGCUCGGCAUCGGCGCUCUGACGUGGCAGAUGGAGGACGCGGCGCUCCGGCACCUGUUCCCGCGGUCCUACGUGUCCAUCCAGGCGUGGGUGGCGGCGCAGUGGCCGGGCGGCGGGGAGAGGCUGGUGGGGGAGGUGCGGAGGCGGGUGGAGGAGGUAUUGGCGGGGGACGCGCAGCUGCGGGGCGCGGUGGGCGGGUGGGCGGUGAGCGGGCGCGUGAAGAGCAUGUGGAGCGUCAUGAAGAAGGUGCUCCGCGACGGCCGGCCCCGCACGCGCGUCAACGACCUCUUCGGCCUCCGCAUCGUGAUCUCCCCCCGCGCGCGCGCUGGUGGCGCGGAAGGGGAGAGUGCGAGUGCGAACGGGGAGGCGGGCGGGGCGAAGGGAACUGCGGGGGAGGGGAACCAGGAGGGGAGUACGUUGGGGGAAGGGGGGAAAGGGGAGGAGGGGGAGGAGGAAGGGGAGAGGGCGGCGGCGGAGGCGUGUUACAGGGUGCGGGAGCUGCUGCUGCGCGAGUGGCGGGAGGACGCGGGGCGCAUGAAGGACUACAUUGCGCGCCCCAAGGGCAACGGCUACCAGAGCCUGCACAUGGCGCUCAAACUGCCCUUCAGUGGCGCGCUCGCGGAGGCGGGGGCGGAAGGGGAGGCGCGCGGAGAGGGGGAUGGGGAACGGGGAGGCGAGGGGGAGGAGCGGGUGGUGGAGGUGCAGAUCCGCACAGCGCGCAUGGAGGAGGAGGCGGUGAGGGGCGGGGCGGCGCACGGGCUGUACAAGGGCGGGAGCAGAGUGAGCCAGGACCAGUUCCUCUUGUCGUCCCUUGGUCUCAUUUUUUCCUCCCAACCUCCGCUUCCCUCCUUUCCCCUUUUCCCCCUUCCUUCCCCGGUUUCUUCUCCCCUCUCCCCCUCCUCCCCUGCGCGGGCGCAGAUGCAGCAGUUGAAGGGGGUGAUGGAGCUGCUGGCGGCAGCAGCGGCGGGCAGCAGGGCGGACCUCGGCCUGGGCCCGCGCUUCCCCAUGGCGCAGCUCGCGCAGGGCGCCGCCCUUGACGCUGACGUGGCCGCUGACGUGUCUGACGCCGUUGCUGCGGCGGCGGGGGCAGGCAGAGAGGGGCUGGGCUGGAGCAGGGGAGGCGAGAGGGAGGAGGAUGGGAGAUCGGAGUGGGAUGCAGGGCAGUUGAGAGAGCUGCAGGGGAGGCAGGGCGACGGGGAACGAGAGCAGGGGAGUAUAGAGCAGGAGAGUACUGGAAAGGCGAAUCAGGGCACGGCGAUUAAGCAGGGGGGUGGGAAGGGUCAGGAGGAAGAUGAGAAAAAGGAAGAGGAAGAGAACAAGGAGAACGAGGAGGAGGAGGGGGAGGAGGAGGACCAUGACCAUUUCUUUGCAAUGCUGGAUCUGAACGGCGAUGGGGUGAUCAGUGUGGAGGAGAUGAGCCAGUUCAUGCAGCAGCUGGGCGCAGGGGAGGACAUCAGUCAGCUCACAGGCAUGGCAGGCCUGGAAGGAGGGGACGGUGGGGGCGGGGCGGGCGGGCGGCAGGCGGCGGAGGAGCUAGUGGCGCUGCUGGACGCGAACAUGGAUGGCAGCAUCUGCGCUAAGGAGUUUGCUGCGUUCCGACGCCAGCAGUGCAUUCCACACAUGCGCCACUCAGAAUGGCUCCUCUGCCCGCACUCCCGCACUCCCGCCCUCACUCCUGCUCGCACUCCCGGCCUCACUCCCGCUCUCACUCCCGCCCUCAUUCCCGCCUACACUCCCGCCCUCACUCUCUUACUCCCGCCCUCACUCCCUCUCUUACUCCUCUUUGUCCCACCGUUGCCCUUCUCAGGUGCGUGCACUCCACAGCCUACGGCAGUCCCAGCAGCACGCGUCGCAGGCGCUCCUAUCCAAACCAUUCGCCCCCGCCAGCACCACUGCGGCGCUCGACAGCAGCAGCAGCAGCAGCAGCAGCAGCAGCAGCAGCAGCGGCAACAGCAGCGCUGGCAGUUCACAGUCACACCUCAGGAGCUCCAGCCAGCUCCUGAGGAUGUGGGUGGGAUGGGCGGAGUUGGGGGUGCGGGGGACGGGCGUGGCAGGGACGGGUGGGAUAGCCGUGCGAUGGGAGUGACAGGGGAGCGUGUGGACUCGGAUUGGGAGGUCGUGGUUCCCUCCCGCAGCCCCUCCCCCUCUCCCCCCGCCUCCCCCACCACCCAGUACUUUGACUCCUUCCAAGCACCCUGGCCCGAGGGGAACGCGGAGGGCGGGGGGGAGGAGGCGCGGGGAGAGGGGGAAGAGGGGGAAGAGGCGCUUGGGGGGGACAGGAGAGGCGCGGGCAAGCAGGGGAAUUUGGUGAGGCUGAGCCUUGUGCGCCCUGAUGGGGCUGGUCGAGGGGGGGCAGCAGGGGGGCAGCAGCAGAGGGGCGCGGAGAGGGGAGGGGACGGCAGCAGGGGAAGGCAGGGCGGGGUUGGGCAGGCGAGGGGUAGGGCGAGGUUGCAAGGGAGGCAGGUGCGGGUGCAAGGGGGAGUGAUGAAGAGCACGUGGGGGGAGGGAGGGGGGGUGGGGAAGGUUGGGCGGGUGCGGAUGGUGCAAGUGACCCGGUGGGGGCAGAAGGAUGCAGGGGAGUGGUUGCGGUGGGGGACUGGGAAACAGGCGGGCGAGUGGGCGGGGGAGGGGGAGAGGGAGGGGGAGGGAGAGGGGGAGGGAGAGGGAGAAGGGCGAGGAGCAGGAGGGUGGGAGGGGGAGGAGGAGGUGGCAGCGGUGGAGGGGGUGUUGAAGGUGGUGAGGCGGCACAUGACGAGCAGGUCCGAGGCAGGACUCACAGCAGCCCGGCACAUGAUGGAUGAGCUGCUGGCACGCCAUCCCAGCAACGCCAACGUUCUCGUGCACAUGGCUCAGCUGGAGAGACAUUCAGGCAACACGGGGGCGGCGAGGCAGUGGUACGAGCGCAGUGCGCACUGCUUUGAGGCGCGGGGCCACCUGGGGCGGCAGUACGUGCGUGCGCUGCAGGCGUGGGGCAUGCUGGAGGCCCUCGAUGGCUGCAUUGCUGCCAGCCGCCGCCUCUUUGAGCACUCGCUGCAAGUCGCAUGGAAGGUACUGUGCCAUGGUCGCUGGAGGUCCAUGUGUGUUGCUCGCUGCAUGUGGUGUGGGAGGUGGAUGCUGCUGCUUCAUGCUGGUGAACACACUAGUGAGUGCCAGGAUCGCUUCUCACUUCACUCUCCCACACCACUCCUCCCCCUCCUCCCUCUCCUCCCACUCCUCCCACUCCUCCCCCUCCUCCCACUCUUCCCACUCCUCCCCCUCCCCUCCCUGCUCCCUCUCGCACCCACUCCCCCUCACCUUUCGCAGGCGGAGAGGCGGUCAGGGCAGCAGCAGGUGGGGGCGGUGGUGGUGGGGCUGCACGCAUGGGCCAUGGUGGAGCGGCGAGUGGGCAACUUCACAGCAGCGCGCCACCUGCUGCAGCGCGCCGAGCGCGUGGAGCCAGGCAACGCCGUGGUGCUGCAGGCACGUGCACUGCUGGAGGCGGCUGUGGGGCACCUGUCGGCUGCACGGCACUUCUUCAAACGCGCUGCUGCUGCUGACCCUGCCGAUGCUGCCUGCUGGCAGGUGCGCACCCUCUGCUUUCACUGCCUCUGUCUCUCUCGCCCUGCGCUCCGUAGCACCUGGGUAUCUUGCUUCCUCCAUUGCUCUCCUGCCCUUCACUUCCGGUUUCUAUCUUGCUCACGACCUCCCUCUGACUUUUUAUUCCUAGUUUCUCCAAGGCUCCCCCUGUGCUCCCUCGUUAGUGCUGACCUGUAUCCAUCUCCCGCUGCCCUGCUCUUUACACGUGCGAUGGGUGGGCUGUGGCAGGCGUGGGCAGUGACGGAGGCGCGGGCAGGGCGUGUGGACCGCAUGAGAGACCUCUUCACUGCUGCUCUCUCCGUGCACCCCUCCUCACUGCCCACCUUGCAUGCAUGGGCGUGUGAGGAGGCUCGGUUGGGGUCGGCCCAGCCCCAGUCGUUGCAGCGAGCGCAGGACCUCUUCACACGCUGCCUCAACGUGGACCCGGAAUGCGCAUACGCACUGCAGUCAUGGGCGGUGAUGGAGCAGAGGGCGGGCAACGUGCCCCAGGCGCGCACGCUCUUUGACCGCUGCCUGCAGAUAGCCCCCUCCUCCGUGCCCGCCCUCCAGGCAUAUGCAGUGAUGGAGCGGAAGCAGGGCAAUGCUUUCAAGGCCCGUGCACUGCUGGCCCUCGCCCUCUCAUUGCAGCCCAACAAUGCUGCUGUGCUGCAGCUACUCAGCAUUGUCCCUGUCCUCUCCCUUCCCCCCUUCCAAUUCGUCCCCCUCAUCCGUGGCAUGAUGUGCACGCAGGUGGCAGCGGAGUUGGAGCAGCAGCUGGGCAACGAGGCGGCAGCGCAGGCGCUGUACGUGCGCACCAACCGUGCGGACCGCAGCGCAGCCAGGAGGCGGCGCCGCAUGUUUGAGUCGUACCGGGACAUGCGGCGGGAGGUGCAGGGCGCUGAGGAGGCACGGGAGUGGAUGCUCAAGCGACAGGCCAAGCGCCUGAGGCGCAAGCUGCGGCAGAAGCAGCAGCGCAAGCAGCAGGAGCAGGGGCAGCAGGGGCAGCAGCAGCAGCAGCGGAGUGAGCAGCAUGCAGUGGUGCUGGAGCAGGCAGGGGAUGGAGGUGACGCAGGAAAGCAGUCAUGA